AUGAUAGCAAUAAUACACAAAGCGUGGCGCUUGGACUCUGACGAACGGGAUGGCUUGCUCAGCAGUGGAUUCAGCAAAGAGGGUUCCGAGGACAACACGGUGGCUGCAUUCGGUGCCGAACUUCAGGAAACUAAAGAAAUUAAGAUCGAAAAAAAUGAUGUGGCCACUUUACUUGGUUUACCUGUUGCAGCAUCUCUACAUCUACUUGAAGAGACAAUCGAUGAGUUUAAAGAGCGCAGAGUGGAAACUGCUGGCCAAGCUGGGGAGUCAUUCGUCGACAAAGGGGUACAUUUGCAAGAGUUCGCCACAUUUAUCUCUACUGUAUACACCGACAUUCAUCCCUCACUACGAGUGCUAGGAAAUUCAUCUUGUACCACAAAGAUUGCCACCAGCAGUGAAGGAAGUAAUGCGCAUUAUUUUCAGCUAUAUGUGACGGAGCAAGGAUCAGUGAUAACGCUCAAUUACUGGUGCUUUUCGCCAUCAAUUGCAAUAGGAAGCACCGAUGUGUACAUGCAAGGAAUUGGGAGUGUUGUUGUGCGUGCAUGUGAACUCGUUCCGCAAGGUGUACUGGUCUUCUUCGCGUCUUAUUUUGUUAUGAAUGCAUGCUUAAAGCUCUGGCAGACGGAGAAGCCAGGAUCGGCAUCAUUGUGGGAAAGUCUGUCAAAAUACAAAACGCCAUUUGUGGAGCCGAAGUCGAAACUGGAACUGAAGAUGGUCAUGCUGCAGUUCAAGGAGAAAGUUAAAGAAGGAGGUGGUGCAGUACUGUUUGCUGUAUGCCGAGCUAAAGUAUUUCUUUUUUUUUUUCAAAAAAUAUUUUCAUGA